AUUACCCGCGGCGACCAAUGGCCAGUGCGAGGCUGCCCGCCGCAGGGCCUCUGGGAAAGUGUUGCCAAAAGCCGGUCGCCAGCGACGCGGUGAGCCGGACGGGAAGAACCGAGUGUUGAAGCCGGAGCGAUGUUGCUCUUCUGCCCGGGCUGCGGGAACGGGCUGAUUGUGGAGGAGGGGCAGCGCUGCCAUCGCUUCGCCUGCAACACCUGCCCGUACGUCCAUAACGUCACACGCAAGGUAACGAACCGAAAGUAUCCAAAGCUAAAAGAAGUGGAUGAUGUACUGGGUGGAGCAGCUGCCUGGGAGAAUGUGGAUUCUACUGCAGAGCCAUGUCCAAAAUGUGAACACCCUCGUGCCUACUUCAUGCAGCUUCAGACCCGUUCUGCAGACGAGCCAAUGACUACCUUCUAUAAGUGCUGCAAUGCUCAGUGUGGACAUCGAUGGAGGGACUAAGGGCAGGACUUGUCCAGCUUCAAGCAUGAAUUUGGUGUGCUGAAGGUCUCUGCUAUUUGAUAGGAAGGUGGAGAAACAGGGUGAAGCAUAGCACACCUGCAAGUCAGCAGAUGAAGUCCUUAAUGUGCAGGGUCCCUUGGGACUUGGGAGAUACACAGAAGAUGCUCACUUGAAUUUAAGUCCUGUUUGUUACUUUUUUUUCCCCUCAAGAAAGGGUUUUUCUGUGUAGCCCUGGCUGUCCUGGAACUCACAUUGUAGGCCAGGCUGGUCUUGAACUAAGAGAUCUACCUGUCUCUGCCUCUAGAUUGCUGGAAUUAAAGAUGUGUGCCACCACCAUCAAGGAUAGACUUGAACCUUCCAGUCUUCCUGCCUCCUUCUCAAAACUAGGAUUAUAGGAAUGUGAGCCACGUUCAUUUUAUGUAGUGCUGAGGACUGAGCCCUGAGCCUCAUGCAUGCUGGAUAAGUACUCUAUCAACUGAGCUGUAUCUUCAGCCCUUAUUUUCAUUUGUUCUCUGUAGAGAAAUUUUUUUUUCUGAGAAUUGUUUAAAAUACUUAUAAAAACGCUGAAAAAAAUCACUUUAAAAUCCUUGACUGACAUGAUUCAUCUUGUAUGAUUAAUAAUUAAACUGUUCUGUGAGUUGGAUUUUCUGGAUGAUUUUGAUAGGAGUUUAAAAGUAACCAGAAACAUUUUCUAUUUCCAGCAAGGGAGAAAGGUCCACAAUAGAGCUUGUGCCUAGCAUUUGAACCCCAUUCAAAAAUCUAUUCCCACCUCAGUAAAUUUAGAAAAGUUGCAUAUUUGUUGAAACCACUAAUGAGAUUAAUCUGUAAGGUGGAUAUAUUUAUAUGUGAGAAGUGCUGGUCCCUUCUGUGCAACUGGACAGUUGCACACAUGAUGAAGAAUGUAGAUUAUAAGAAGAUUGAUCUAAAAUAACAGUAUCUUCCCAUAAAUAUAGCAUAUCUGAUGUUUUAAAAAUCCUUUAAUAGGAUUUAUUAAAUGGAUUUAUUAAUGGAUGAAUAAUUCAAAAACCAAAGUUGACUUGGAAAUCUUCAAUCUAUGGUUGCUCUCAAGCCUUUGGAACUUUGUUGAAUAAAUCCUUUCAGUAACUCUGUUACAAAGAAGAGGUACACAGACUUCUUGAAAUGAGGGUGUAUUUGAGUAUAAGAGCACUUGCCUAGCAUAUGACAAGUUCUGGGCUCAGUCCUUGGUACUGGAUGGCAGAGGUGCAGGGGAAAGUGAGGAUGUUUACUGUAGGUUAGGACAUUCUCACAUUGCUGAUGGAAGUAGAAGUUGGUGCAGUAGUUUCUCAGAGCAAUAGGGCAGUCUACCAGUGUUUUAAAAUAACGGCCCAAGUAUGGCACAGACAUGCACUGUUACCACUUGAGAGGCAGAAGCAGGAUCAUUUGGAGGUCCAGCUUAGCCUGUUAGGUGGCAGAAUGAGUUGGAAGGAAUGAUACAACUCCAUGCUUCUGCCUGUCUCAGUGUGAGUUCUUGCAGUGAACUCGGUGAAGCUGGUAUUUUGGACUAGGCCACAGAAAAGAAUUUCAGGAUAAUUAGGUAUGAAGUAAGUCAAGUGCCUUAACAAUAGCCAUGUUUAUGAUUUAGGUGGCCUUUUAAGAGGAUUGUUAAGUAGACCUCUACACCCACCCUCUUUUUUUUUUUUUUUUUUUUUUUGUAUUUGUUAAAUGAGAUCAUGGGGUUGUGGGGUGGGGCUGGAAAGCUGUGUGACUGGAGGAGCCAGUCUAGAGCAAGAGUGAGGUUGAGACAGGUUCAAACCCUGAAAACCUCAUCCUGAGACAGGCAGGAGUAGGACUGCUUCCUCCCUGUUCUGGGUCUGCAUGUCCCAAUGCAUGUAGCUUUGCAACCUGCACUCUGCCAUCCUUGAGGUAGUCACAUAGCCUGGCGGCCAGGUUACAGGUUAAACUUCCUCUCUCCUUAUAAGGACAUAUCCAGCAAGCACCUGGAGUUCCUCUUUGCAAAUGAUCGUUCCCAGCACCUCAGCCUCAGCCAAUGAUGUAUGCUCACCUUGAAAACCCCUACCCACUCCCCAAGGUUUAUAUAGCCCUGUCCCCUACCGCCCAUCCCAGUGAAGAGAGCUGUUUCACUGAAAACUUUAUGGAGAAGGCUGUUUCUCUUGCACUCAUGCUGCCUGAGAUCCUGACUAACCCACCAGCCCUGGCUAAGAUUCACUCCCUCCAGGCCAGCCCAGGGCACAACAAGCCUGGAUACCCCAAGGGGAAAAGCAGUGUUAGUGUUACUUUUAAAAUUGUGCAUUGCAAUUUCUUUUUUAUCCCAGUGAACACCCAAAUAAUUGAGACUGGAGUAUUAUAAUUGUUUAAUAAGCUUUACAGCACAAGAACUGAGCAGUAUUAAGCUAUUGUUAACCCUCCGUGCUAGUCUGGCUUCCUCUUUGCCAAAAUCCCUAAGAUACUUUAAUUUUAUGGCUUUCUCUGCUCCAGUUGCCCUUUUCUCAUGAUGUCUUCUGGACCUCUGGCUGAAAUCCCUUCUUUAUCUCCUCCUCCUCUGGCUGGCAAGAAGUCCAGCCCUAUUCUCUCUUCUACUCAGACUUGGCUGUUAAGCCUCUUUAUUGACUUAUCAGGGAAGAACUGAGCAGUGUUUACACAACACUGAGACAGGAGAUUCUCAGAACAGGGGUUGCAACCAGGUAUGGGGGUCACAGAAAUCCACAUUUGUAUCUUUACACAGUACACAGACCAUGCCUACACCUCUCCUGUUUUAGUCCAAUAAAAGGCUUUUUCUCUUACAUUAAUACACUAUAUGCAGUAAUAACAACUAUGAAAAUUAUUAGGCAAGAUUUACAUUUAUGGCCAGUUGUGAUAGCCCAUGCCUCAAAUCGCAGCACUCAGGGAGGCAGAGACAGGUGGAUCUCUGUGAGUUUGAGGCCAACCUGAUCUACAAAGUGAGUCUAGGACAGCCAAGGCUACACAGAGAAACCCUGUAUAGGGGAAAAAAAAAAGGUUUACACUUAUGUAUUUGGCACCCUUGGAUAAAGUAUUCUACUAUCCUAACUUGGUGGCUGUACCUAGAUCAAUUUCUGUACCUAGUUCUGUACCUAGAUCAAUUUCUGUUAUCCUAAACGAUUAAUUUUGAAACUGUUAACUAUCUAGUCUUCAACCCCAUCAGACUUCUUUUUUUUUUUUUUUUUUAAGCAACUUUAUUUUUGUUUUAUGUGCAUUGGUGUUUUGCCUACAUAUGUCUAUGUGAGUGUCAGAUUUGCUCAAACUGGAGUUGUGGACAGUUAAGAGCUGCCAUAUGGGUGCUGGGAAUUGAACCAUUUCUCCAGACCCUAAUUUAUUAUAUUAGGGUGCAUGUGCACCUGCAUACCAGAAGAGGGCAUCAGAUCUCAUAGAUGGUGGUUGCUGGGAAUUGAACUCAGGACCUCUGGAAGUGCAGCCAGUGCUCUUAACCUCUGAGCCAUCUCUCCAGCCCCACAGUUAUUCUGAGAUCCCUCUUCUAUAGAGGACUGUCAUGCGGUGAAUGAUGAGCUAAAGGUAUAGGAUUUAAUAAAUACUGUUCUCUAUUAUAGAGUCAAUAUGUAUUAUACAUUAUAGUAUACCUAGCAAAUCAAGGUCAGCUGCAGUUUAAAUGAGACUCUGUUUCAAAGAAAACAAAAUUGUGUUUGUCAAAAGCCAGCUGACUACAUUUUCAUUUCCUUUUCAUAAUUAGACCUAAUGUUAAAUUUUGAUUUAUUUCUCUAUUGUUCCCUAUGGUGUGUUCUCUAAUCAUGUCCCAAGUUAAAGGUCAACUUGUUUCUUUGACUUGUUCUUCCUCUAUAAUCUUGAAAUUUACACAUCGUAUAUCGUUUCCCUUGCUCUUGGUAUGUUCUGAGAGCUGGCUGGUAGUUUACUAAAUCACAAACUGCAGAAAAUUCCACUUUUCUAAUUUUUGGCUAUGUGCCUCAGCCUUCAGCUUGAAUAAAAAAUGGCAACCUCACUUUUAGUUGGGGCCGAUCUCUCAUCUACUUCAUAGGAGAUUGCAAGUUUUGCAGCGGUUGUUCCCUGGUUCUUGACACCACAGUAUUCACCUUUUUAAAAAUUUAUUUGUCCAUUUGAAAUGUGUUAUAUUAUGGGAGUGACUGUGUAGACCAGUGUGGCCUCAAAGUCAUAGAGAUGGAUUUGUCUCCAAAGUGCUGGGGUUAAUAAAUAACAUGUGCUACUA